GAGCGUUCCUUCCCAAGCUCGUUUCCUCGCUUCUUGCCUUCACCACGUCUGGAGACGUCGCAUCAGCUCAAGGAUUUCCUGUCCCCUCUUGAUUUGUGGAAAGGAGCUGAGAGAGGGGAUAUCACUUGCCUGCGACCAUACAGCCAGUAGAUGAAAAGCCAGAGGCCUCUAAUGUCAGCGUAAGUCUACUGAUCUACUGUUGGAGCAAAGCCAUUCAUUUCUGAGGGUUAGAAAGCUACGAGAUGGCUUUUGUACUAAACAAUUUAUAGCUAUGGACUUGCCAGAGGAGAGCCAGUGGGAUGAAACCACCUGCCAGCUGGCUGUUUGCCAGCAUCCACAAUGCUGGGCCACGAUCCGCCGGAUUGAGAGGGGCCACCCUCGAAUCCUGGGUCCCCCGUGCAAAACAGCUCUGAAUGAUGAAGACAAACUUCCAGUGCUCACCACUGUAAACAUGGCAGAUUCCUGCCUCUGGGCCAAGAGACGUGCUCAUCAUCAUUUAUCAGGAUUUACCUUCACCAGACCGUCUGCUCUACUAUGUCCAGGUGCUAAGUUUGACUCCAAACUCCAAGGCAGGCCUCGGAAGGACUUACCUGACAAAGAUUUAAUCGACUGUCCCGAUAGAUCUCCUAAAGUAAAUCACAGAUUAAAAAAGCUUUCAGUGCUGAAUUUGAAUGAGACACAACUUCCCAACCCUCAAGAUGUUAGAAAUAUGGUUGUAAUCUGGAUCCCAGAACAAACAGAGAGGCAUGUGAGUCCAGCUGAGAAGAAGCCUGUUCUUCGCAGCCAGGACUGGAUGAAGAGGAGAAUGAUCUCUACAAUGAAAGAUAGUUGGCUUUCCAGAAAGCAGAAAAUAGAGACACAGUUGGGGCCUCCAGGGAUGAUUGUGCCUCCGCCCUCGCCCAUACAAUUUCUUGAGCAACAGUCUGUACCUCUCUGGAACCAAUUUGACAUGUUACCUCAGGAUCUACUGAAGGACCUCUUGCCUAAUGAGGGGAAAACCAUGCCUUCUCUGGAGAUGAGGACACAGUUGGCCAUGAUGAAGAAGAAAGCUCCCCUAGAAAAGAGUCGACCCGACAAUGCCAUUUCCUCUAAGAUGUUCUUAACUGUACACCGCCUCACACUGCAGAGACCAGCAUUGAGAUAUCCUAAACAUUCAAAGAAAUUAUAUCACAACCUGAACACAGAAGGUCAAAAGAAGCAGCAGCAGUGGCAGCAGAAGCAGCAGCAGAGGAAGGUGAAAACCCCACCGAAGAGACAGGAGGCUAAAAAGAAAUCCAAGAGUGAUCUGGGGAGUCAGGACAUUUUGCAUAAACAUUCUGGUACCGUGGUGUAUGGCCCAUGCUAUGGUCACAGAACUCUACCAAGCCAAGAAAGUGACAAAAAGCAGCCACAGCAGACAAAGUCAGAAGAACCCACCUUGAGAAAGGAUUCCACAAAGAGGCCCCAGAUGGAAUACUUGAAGAAUCAUCUAGAUUCCUUCCCCAGUAAGGAUGAUCCCGAGUUAUCCAAGACAGAACCCUCUAACAAGGACAUCAGCGCUCAGGAGUGGGUUGUGCUGGGAUCCCAAGACAGGAGCUCAGAGGACCUCUUGGACGAUACAUCUAGAAGGUGGAACCCUGAGCUCAAGCUCCUGAGGAUUCUUCAGGCCACUGAGAAUGAGGAUGAGGAGGACCAGCUCUCCGAGUCACAGAGUGAAGAGUCUUUCUAGACCUCAGAGGACAACCUUAUUCCAGAGAAAGAUGCUUGAAAUCCUGGGGACAGAGACCUUGGACAUACAGACAGAAAGGAGAGGGGACUUCUGCUCCUGGGAGCCUUCAUGAGGGCCUCACUGUAGGGACUCUGCUUUCUUCAUUCACUUCUCCUUACCUCUAAAAUCAGUGAGGGAGAAAAAGCCUCCUCCCUUUUAAACUGAGGUUGUUUCUCUUUCAUUAGGGGCAGAAAAAUUUUAGUGAUUAAACACCACUGCUUAAGGAAAAGGCUCGUUCUGUUCCUGGGAGGAUGGGAGAGAUGUAUCUGCGGAUGUGUCUUCUGGGUCACUUUUAUCUCCCCUCUGGAGCACUGAAAGGUUUCUAGUCACAGGAAGAUGAGUUUUGGGACACCUGGCUAGCUCCUUCCAUUGGGCAUGCAGCUCUUGAUCUCGAGGUUGUGAGUUCA